AACUGCAAGCUUCAGAACCAACAUCUCAAGCUUUGCACAAAAGCACGGCGAGAGUUUCACAGACGCCUGGGAACGCUUCAAAGGAUAUCAGUAGAAGUGCCCACACCACGGUUUCUCUCAAGAGUCACUCUUAAGCACUCUAUACCGUGGUGUACUGCCUCGCUUCAGGCAGAUGCUUGA